GGAGGGGAUAUGGGGACCUGGUCAGGUUAGUAACCGUUACUUUUUCUGGACUUGUUCCGUUCAGUAAGAGUGACAGUUAACAGAUGUUAAGCGUUUAACGUGUCACGGGCCCUGCGGUAAGCGUUUUGCGUUCAUUUCUCUGUUUAAUUCUCCCCACAUAACUUUUCUGAUUCCGGUUUGGUAAGUGAGAAAUGGAUGAGCAGUUUAGUUCAGUGACUUGCCCAAGGUGACACAGUAGCAACCCCAGGACUGCAGUUUGAGUCUUUUUGUCAGCAUAGCCAAUGUCGCUUACCCACUUCACUGACAAGACAGUACUAGCAUGUUUUUCUCAAGCAUGUAUUUCAUAUACUUGAUUAGAGAGACUUAUAAGUGUGAUGUUAAAUUCAAUUUUCUUUUUCCUUUGUUUCGUGAAAAUUUGGACCUUGGCUUUAUAUUGGAAUCCUGGGCAGAAAAAAAUGCAUGGAAUAAUUGUACAGAUUUAUCAUGGAAGGCUGUAGAGGAUAUGCUUUCCAAGAGGUUAUCCGACAAACUGGGGCUGUUAGCUGAGUUCCUUCCCUGUGUGCCAGUUAGGUGUUGUGGACCUGAGAAGAGGUAUGAUACACAGUCUGGAACUUGAGGAGGUUUAUAAUCUGUAUGAGGCAGAAGUUUAGGGCCAGAUAAGUUGAUGCUCGUAUUGUCCUUCAGAGAGAUUCGGGUAAAGCAUUGUGAGAUGGGUCUGGAGACAUCCAAAAGCACAUAGUUAGGAUGGGGUUGUGGAAGAGAAGGCCUAGGGGGUAGGUUGUGUUUCAGUUCUGGGGGAGCUUGUGUCUCUUGCCAGUGGGGUUGGGGCUUUUUUUCUGUGGGUUGCCAAGAAUCAAUUGUGGGUUAUAGGGAGUUGCCCAAGGAAAGCUUUGCUUGGAGGAUUAAUUUGUCCACUGGGAGUUGUGUGGAUUGGGGAAGACUGAUUGCAUGCCCACCGUGUAGGAGGGACCUUUUAUAUAAAAAUAAACCACAGUGGUGGUUCCUGAAGCCAACCUAGCUGAACUGACAUAAAGCAGAGAGUGAGGAAGAAGAUGAAAUUGAAAUGGAAGUUGAAGACCAGGAUAGCAAAGAAGCCAAAAAACCAAACGUCAUAAAUUUUGACACCAGUCUGCCAACAUCACAUACAUAUCUGGGCUCUGAUAUGGAAGAAUUUCACGGCAGGACUCUGCAUGAUGACGACAGCUGCCAGGUUAUUCCAGUUCUGCCACAGGUGAUGAUGAUCCUGAUUCCUGGGCAGACCUUACCUCUUCAGCUCUUUCGUCCUCAGGAAGUCAGCAUGGUGCGGAAUUUAAUUCAGAAAGACAGAACCUUUGCGGUUCUUGCAUACAGUAAUGUACAGGAGAGGGAAGCACAGUUUGGAACAACAGCAGAGAUAUAUGCCUAUCGAGAAGAACAGGAUUUUGGAAUUGAGAUAGUGAAAGUGAAAGCAAUUGGACGACAAAGGUUCAAAGUUCUUGAGCUAAGAACACAGUCAGAUGGAAUCCAGCAAGCUAAAGUGCAAAUUCUUCCCGAGUGUGUGUUGCCUUCAACCAUGUCUGCAGUUCAGUUAGAAUCCCUCAAUAAAUGCCAGAUAUUUCCUUCAAAACCUGUCUCAUGGGAAGACCAGUAUUCAUAUAAAUGGUGGCAGAAAUACCAGAAGAGAAAGUUUCAUUGUGCAAAUUUGACUUCAUGGCCUCGCUGGCUGUAUUCCUUAUAUGAUGCUGAAACUUUAAUGGAUAGAAUUAAGAAACAGCUCCGUGAAUGGGACGAAAAUCUAAAAGAUGAUUCUCUUCCUUCAAAUCCAAUAGAUUUUUCUUACAGAGUAGCUGCUUGUCUUCCUAUCGAUGAUGUGUUAAGGAUUCAGCUCCUUAAAAUUGGUAGUGCCAUCCAACGACUCCGCUGUGAACUAGAUAUUAUGAAUAAAUGUACAUCUCUUUGCUGUAAACAAUGUCAAGAAACAGAAAUAACAACCAAAAAUGAAAUAUUCAGUUUAUCGUUAUGUGGGCCGAUGGCAGCUUACGUGAAUCCUCAUGGAUACGUGCAUGAGACGCUUACUGUGUAUAAGGCUUGCAACUUGAAUCUGAUAGGUCGACCUUCUACAGAGCACAGCUGGUUUCCUGGGUACGCCUGGACUAUCGCCCAGUGUAGGAUCUGUGCAAGCCAUAUUGGAUGGAAAUUUACAGCCACCAAAAAAGACAUGUCACCUCAGAAGUUUUGGGGUUUGACUCGAUCUGCUCUGUUGCCCACAAUCCCAGACACUGAAGAUGAGAUAAGUCCAGACAAAAAUUGUGAGGUGUUCUUACACCUAUUUCUCUUUGGGUACUGAUGCUGAAACUGUAUGUUCAUGCAUAAAACUAUGGAACUGUCAAACAACAUUAGUCUACCACACCAGGUAUGAUAAUGUUACAACGAAGAAUCCGCCAAGAAAAAAAGUGCACAUGAUGUUAUAUCUGCUCCUAUCUGUGUUCUAGAAAAGCCAUAUGAACGCUGGAAUUACUGUAAGGAACUCAGUAGAGGAAACCCAGAGUGGACAAGACAAAGUCUACUAUAAUUACAUAAUGACUAAAGGACAUCAUAUGGUACCUAGUGAGAAUGACAUCCAGGAAAUGGCCAUAUAUGACCCCCUAAGCCUUGGUUUUGACACGAGCUGGCCUGGCACCCACAACUGGGCCCCAGCGCUCUCCUGCUGAACAUCAUCUCAGAGAACAUCCACAUCAGACAAGUCCACUCGGUGACCAUGAUGAAUCAGUUAAGACAAGACAACUAGUACUCAUGUCUGAACACAGAAGAGACACAAACACUGUCAGAGGCACCACCUUAUGACAAUUAAUACAUGGGACUGCUCCUUAUUUACCCAUCGGUUAACAGAGCAGAGUGCUGGGUUCUCGUCUCCUAGGUAAGAAUUAAGACACGCAUCAGAUUUAUCCUUGCUGCCUGAUACCACCUAACCCACAGCAAAGCCCCACUUCUUAACACCCGCCCCAAAACACGAUACAAGCACAAAUCCUACAAGAAGUUCUUUCUAAAAACCUUUUGCUGAGAUACUCCAAGGUUCUCCUUGGUUGGUGUUCUCCCUCACUGCAGUAACAACGCACCUGGUGUGUUCCUUGUGGUCUCUGGCUGGUGGGCACUCUCACCUAUUUAGCACUGAGGGAAAUCCAUCAGAGUUGUGGCAUCCCUAAUCACAACCCGAUACGUUAACCUCCACCCCUACCCCUCAUCUGGUCUUGCUCCUCCUCCUCCUCUACCUAUUCUUCCUAAACCUUCCAGCCCCACUCUCUGCAGACUAUCUAAAACAAUCUGCUACAAAGCAACAAAUGCUCCCACCCUCUGCCUCCUGGCCUUACCUUAAAAGCUCUCCCAGAGCUAAGUCCUUCCCAGGAGUAUGUGUUCUUCUUUCACUCCAUAUUUAUCAAGUCCCAUUAUCUGUCGCUAUUAAGGGUUCCUUUAAUAUGGGGUUCAUGGCCCCUAACUAUGUUACUCCAGUUUUCAUGAGAUUUAUAGAGGUCCAGGACCCAAAAAGUGAAGGACUGCCAAACUAUUUCUGGACACUACCCUCAUUUCUCCCUAGUUCACAGUCUCUUUAUCUCCUUCCUGAACAAGAGGGCUACACCAGCCCCCUUAAACCCAGCUUCCACAGUCCAGACAUAGGGCUCUAAAUUAUCAACGUGAUUAAGCUAUGUCACUGUUCCUCUGACUACUCCCAGCGCAAGAUCCAUAUUUCGUCAGUACAUUAUACAAGGGCCUCCUGACCCAUUUCUGUCUCAUCUCUCACUAAUCUCUGCAUCACACUUUACAUUCACCAAACUCUCCUGGUAGUUUCCAUCUAACUGCUCGUACUGGUCACUUCACCCAAACACCUUCCCCACUUACUGAUCUAGCUGAGCAGCUGGCCAUGAAAUGUCUUGGUGCGCAACCCACACCAAGAAAGGCAUUUUGCAUGGCAGUCACUUGUACUUAAAACGAAGUUUCACAAAAUACACACCACACAAUCUCAUCUACUGUAUCCUCUUUCCCUGUAUUUUAAUGCUGGUCAUGACCACUAAAUCGAUUUUAUGGUUCACUAAUGGGCACCACCCAGAGUGGGAAAAAACACUGAUCUAUCUCAUCCUUAUCCUUACUCAUCUUUUUUGAUUCAGUUUAGAAAGCCUCUCCUGAUGGCAGAGUUGACUGAAUUUCUUCUAAGCUAUCACAGUAACCUAGUUUUAUGUGUACUAAUUAUACUAAAAUUUCCUGUUCAUUCUCAGGGUAGAAAACCUAUCUUACUCAUCUUUACACCAACAUGGCUCACCAGAGAACUUAAUUGUGAUAUCCUAGAUUCAAAAAAAUUAAAAAAAAAAAAAACUAGAGUGGCCUCGUUGAAAUGUGCAUUGUUUACAGGUUUCUUCCUUCAAAUUAACACAGUAAGAAACCAUUUUGAAAUCCAAAAAAUGAGCAAGUUUUACUUUAAUUUGAACCUACUUUAACAGGAUGAAGAAGGUCAAGCCUGAAUACAAGAUAACCUCUGUUAUAAGAUUUUCAUGCUGGCUCACUAAAAUAAAAUUUUAAGUUCAAAGUCACCUAAUAAAUUAACUGCAUUAUAGAAAGAGAUCCAGAAUUGAAAAUAAUCUGGUCAUCAUUUUGAUUAGCCGUAUGGAAAUAGAUAACUAUCUCCAAAAAACUCACGAUUCUAACAUUAUGAUACAAUUGAGAAAGGCAUAUAAAGGCAUAUGUAUAUGCUUGUGUGGAACAGUCAUAAAAACUGUAAGAAACCAAUGAUUUUAUACGGACCUAAGAGUACGGAUUAUCAGGCUUAGACACUCCUUUUUCCCUCAAUUACUGUUGCAUUCAAUCUUAGAGAAAUCCACAUUCCAACAAAUUUUAUAAACUACAUACUCAGUGAAAUACCUAAUGCAACUGAAUUUAAUUGUAAAUUUAAGCCUGAGACUCAAGAAAUGCAUAAUUUCAUCAUUCCAAAGCUAUUAAUUUGCUUCAACUGCCACAUCUGAUAAUAAACGAUUUUUAAUUAUGGCUAGCAAUACAAAAGACCAUGGGACAUCAUGUGUCAGAAAACUUCUAUGUGUCUGUAUUUUAAUUUUAUGUUAACUUUCAAAGUUUUAACUUCUGUGCUUUA